AUGCUCCAAACAUUAAAUAGAUCAGUUAGAAGAAUGGGUUUAUCAUUUUCUAGAUUUUAUACAAGUACUAAUAAUCCAACUCCAUCAUCCUCAUCCUCAUCCUCAUCACAACAACCACAAGAAAAAACACAUUUUGGUUUUAAAACUGUAAAUAAAGAAGAUAAAGAGGAUAUGGUUAAAGAAGUUUUCGAUAGUGUUUCAUCAAAAUAUGAUUUAAUGAAUGAUGUUAUGUCAAUGGGUAUUCACAGAUUAUGGAAAGAUGAAUUAAUGAAUACAUUAAAUCCAACACCAGGUUCACAUCUUUUAGAUGUUGCUGGUGGUACAGGUGAUGUAUCAUUUAGAUUUUUAGAUAGAAUUAAAAAUUCACCAAAUUAUUUCCCAAAUAUUGCAUCAUCAUCAACAUUAAAAUCUUCAUCAUUACCAUCAUCAGCAACUGUAUAUGAUAUUAAUCAAUCAAUGUUAAAUGAAGGUAAAAAGAGAGGUUUAACUAUGGGUUAUACAGAUUUAAGUGAUCCAUCAAUUGAUUGGGUUCAAGGUAAUAGUGAAAAUUUACCAUUCAAAGAUGAAACCUUUAAUUGUUACACUGUCUCUUUUGGUAUUAGAAAUUGUACAAAUAUAGAUCAAGUUUUAAGAGAAGCCCAUAGAGUACUUAAGAAAGGUGGAAGAUUUUUAUGUUUAGAAUUUACCCAAGUUCCAAACCCACUUUUAAGAUAUGCAUAUGACACUUAUUCAUUCAAUGUUAUUCCAGUUAUGGGUCAAUUAAUUACUGGUGAUCACGAUAGUUAUAAAUAUUUAGUUGAAUCAAUUAGACAAUUCCCAAAUCAAGAUAAGUUUGCCCAAAUGAUUACCGAUGCUGGUUUUAAACAAGUUACUUAUAAAAAUUUAACUUUUGGUGUUGUUGCAAUUCAUUCUGGUUUUAAAUUAUAA